AUGGGCGAGCUCGUGCCCGACACUCCUCGCGGCACCGCAGAGCCGCACGCCCACCCGCCCGGCGACGCACCGCCCGCGACCCAGUUCCUCGACUCGCACGGCCAGUCGUACCUCCUCGACAACCUCGCAGGCGACUCGAGCAGGCGCACGUCGUCUCAGCUCCCUGCGACGCUCCCUGACCGACCCGACCUGAGCGCCGGCAGGCCGCACAUCGAGCGCAACGACGACGACGACGACGUCGACCAACUCGACGAGGACUCGGUGCCCGACUCGCAGCAGCAGCAGCAGCGGCUCCCGCCAGACGACGAGGCCAACACGCUUCAGGACUCGCUGCCCCUCGCGACGCCCGCCGGCGGCCCUCCUCCUCUUCCGCUCCUCCGCUCCCAGUCGGCCCUCGUCCUCGGACCUGACGACCCCUCGGGCUACUCGGACCACGAGCCCGGCGUCGGCGACCUCGGCGAGACGCAGGCCGCGCACAGCCUCGACGACGACGACAGCUGGGCGUCGCGCGGCGACAAGAGCCGCAGGCGGUCGGUUGGCGGGCGCGGGUCGGGCCGGGCGAGCGUGAGCGUGAGCGGGCGCGAGCUCGACGACGAGCUCGACGGCGAGGACGACGUCUCGAUGGACCUGACGAGGGCCAAUGGUCGAGUUCUCCCGAGCCACGAGGACAGCGGCGGGCACGAGGCGCCUCGCGCUUCCGACUCGCAGAAGGAGAACCCGUCGCCAUCGCUCCCGUCGGCGCGCUCGCAGGGCUACCCGCCCUUCAGCCUGUCGGUCCAGAGCAACGUCGACGACGCGAGCGGCGCCCCGUCGUCGUCGCCCGCUGUCGCCCUGCACCUCCUCGCCUCCCGACGCCCGGCGACGAGGAAGGCCUCGCCUGGGACGGGCGGCCUCGACAAGCCGCAGGCGAGCGCCGACAAGGCGGGAGGCGCGCCGUCCUCGUCGAGUGGCCGUCGAGCGCUGUCGUCGAGCUCGAAUGCGUGGGAUCCGUCGACGAGCAUGAGCGGGCCCGAGACCUCGACGCCCGCCUUCGCCAACGUCCCUCCUGCUCCUCCCGUCACCGCAACCCGCACCCUCCCGACACUCACCCUCGCCGACCCCGACCCGCUCGACCCACCCCUCGCGCGCUCGAGCACUCUCCCCCUCGCUCCACCGCGCCGCGCUCCGACCGCCGCCGCCGUCGUCAACUCGGACCUGCUCGCCUCGUCGGCGGCCAUGAAGGCCGUCGUGCCCGGGAAGAAGAAGCGCCGCGCCGAGGCGUGGGACGGCAUCUCGCAGUCGGACGAGUCGGUGCGCGCGAGCGAGUCGCUCGCGACGUCGGCGCCCGACCACGACGUCGAUGCCAACGCCGAGAGCGCGACGCUUCCGCCGACGCUCGUGCACGACGCGGGCGAGCCGGGCGCCGGCGCGAGCGGGACAGGGCGCGAGGCGCGGGAGGAAAAGGAGGGCGAGCCGGUCGAGGACGAGACGCCGCUCGACGCGACGAUCCGUCACGACGAGGGCGCCGGCGACGAAUCGGUGGGCAGCUCGUUGCCGGCGACGGCGGCGGCGACGGGACCGGUCGCCGAGGACGAGGCCGACGAGUCGUCGCUCGAGCCGCUUCCUCGCCGCAACCCCAACCUCCCGCCGCUCUUCUACGACGGCCCGACCGCGACCGCCUCGUCCUCGGGCUCGUCGCCCGGCUCGCGCAGCCCCGUCAAGGCCGACGCCGCCACGGCCUCGAAGGGCAAGAACCGCCUGUCCGACAUCUCGGAGCUCAAGAGCUCGCUCGAGCCGCCGUCGCAGGCGAUCGAGGUGCCCGCGACGCAGACGCAGUACGACGUGCUCCAGCCGGCGAGCGCCACGACGCAGGACGUCGAGGUCGACAAGAGCUGGCACGCCUCGUUCCAGCACGACACGUCGACCGACAGCGCCGCGACGCACCGCCAGUCCGCGCCCGCACCCCUUACGCGCGCCCUCAAGCGCGUCGCUCCUCCCCCGACCCCUGUCGCCGACCACGCCGCGGCCUCGUCCUCCGCCUCCACUUCUCGCCCUCGCUCGCGCCUUCCCUCGCUGCACGACGACGGCGCCGACCUGUCGACCCUCCCGCAGGCGACGCAGCACCUCCCCGUCCCCGAGUCGUCCCCCGAGGUCCCGCUCCAGCAAGCCGCGUCCGCGCGCGCACGCUCGCCGGCCUCGCGCCGCACGCCGUACGCCGGCCCGAGCAGCAGGGGCGUCGUCGUGCCGGACAGCGACGGCCCGACGCAGGAGGAGCAGCAGUUCGUCGCCGAGUCGGUUCGCGCCGUCGCCGCCGCCAAGGGCAAGGCCAGCCGCGAUGCGGGUCGGGCUGCGGCGCCAGCGCGAGCACACGCCGCCGCGAUGGACGUCGACGAACCGAUCCUCGAGCAGGACUUUGGCGGCGGGUUCGACGGCGGGGAGGAGGACGAGGAGAUGCGCGACGAGGGCACGCUGCUCGAGGAGGCGCGCGAGGAGGAGGAGCAGCCUGCGCCCGUCUCGGCGACCAAGGGUAAGGGCAAGGCUAAGGCUAAGGCCAAGCCUAAGCCCAAGCCCGUCGAGCGCGCCGUCGUCGAGGCGCCCGAGCCGGUCAAGAAGGUCAAGAAGGUCGUCGCGCCGCCGCCGUUCAAGGGCAAGAGCAAGGACAAGGGCAAGGGCAAGGCCAGCUCUCGCGCCUCUACUUCCUCUCGUCGUCGUGCUCGCGACGACGACGACGACGACAACGACGAGGCGAGCGAUGCGCAGCAAGAGUCGGACGACGCGCUUGACCUGUUCCACGAGACCAACUACUCGGCGCCGCCCGCGCUCAAGAACAGCAAGGCCCGUUCCGCACGCGCCUCGGCCCGCGCUCCUGUCGUCAAGAAGGACAAGGGCAAACGUCGGGCGAGCGCGACGCCGCCGCCGCCACUCGACGAGGACGAGGACGACGCUCCUUCGCCGCGCAAGAAGCGCAAGGUCGCCGCCACGCCCGUCGUUGAGAUCCCGGUCUCGUCGCCGGUGCGCAAGCCGUCGUCGUCGAGGGCCACGUCGGCGACCAAGAAGCGCGUCGUCGCACCGUCGUCGGCCGUCGUCAAGAAGGGCGGUCGUCGCUCGAGCGCGAGCGCUGCGUCGACGAGGGCCGCCUCGCCCGAGCCGCCCGCCGCAGGUCCUUCUCGCUCUCGCCUCCGUUCCGCCAGCCGUAGCGAGCCCGCUCGCACGCCCUCGCCCGCCCUCACGACCGACUCGAAGCCGUCGAUCAAGUCGCGCCUGCUCCCGUCUGCGCCCUUCACGCGUGUCCUCGCCUUUUGGCGCGACGGCGACACGGGCUACUACCCGGGCACGAUCGUCGCGCUCGUCGGCGGCAAGUUUGACGUCCUGUUCGACGACGGCUCGCGCGGCAAGAUCCUGCCCGACGAGAUCCGCCGGUGCGAGCUCGUCGCGGACGACCGCUGCACGUCGUGGGACCACGAGCCCGACACCGAGACGCAGCGUGGCUCGUUCGACCGCGAGCUCGUCGUCACGGCCGUCGAGCGCGAGGCGCCGGCCGACGAGGAUGACGAGGCGGCCGCCAAGCCGGGCCAGGGCCUGAGCGCCGACGACGUCCUCGUCGUGCGCGCCGGCACCCGGUCGCUGCGCAUCCCCGUCUCGGCGAUCCGCAUCAGCCCGCGCAACGCGCUGCAGCUCGACGACCGGCGCCUGACGGACGACGAGCUCGCCCUGUUCGAGGGCAAGGAGCGCCCGCGCCGCACGACGCUGCAGCGGCUCGACCUGCUCAAGGCGCCCAAGGCGCCCGCCGUCGACGAGAUGCGCAAGGUGACGGGCGCAGAGCGCGACCGCCUGUUUGGGCGCACUGCGUUCAUCGUCACGACGAGCACGGCGGGCAGCAUCGCCGUCGGCUCGGCGUCGUCCUCGUCAUCUUCGGCGGCGGCGGCGGCGGCGGCGACGCGCAAGCAGCUCGCGGCGCCCCUCGAGUUCCGCAAGGCCGACUUUCGCCACGUCGAGGACAUCUUCCUGUUGACGAACCGCGCGUGUCAGACGAGCAAGUACCUCGUGUCGCUCGCGCUCGGCGUCCCGUGCCUGUCGCUCGAGUUUGCCGUGCACUCGACGGCCGCCGGAGUCCUCCUCGACUGGCGCCCGUACCUCCUCACGGCCGGGUACCUGCACGACCUCGGCACCUACGGCCUCGGGUCGCAGCUGCGCGCGCUCUCCAAGACCGAGUACGGCCUCGAGUCACUCGCGGCCGUGCACGCCAAAGGCGGCGUCUUCAAGGGCAAGAGCUUUGUCGUCGUCAUGCGCAAGGGCGACCGGGCCAAAGCCGACACCCUGUCAGAGCGCUCCUACGCCGUCUUGUCCCUCCUCGCGUGCGCCUCGGCGCGCCUCGUCCACUUUGUCGCCACGGUCGACGACGCGCGCGCCGCCACGGGCUACGACUACGUCUUCCUCGAGGACGACUCGGCCGUCGUCGGCGCCGGCGGCAACGGCGGCGGCAAGGGAGGGUCGUCGUCAGCGUCGGCGGCGGCGGCGUCGUCGGCGUCAGCGCUCAGGCACCACAAGGGCCUCGUCAACAUGGUGUGGCUCAAGCAGUGCCUCAUGGCGGGCAGGCUGCUGCCGGCUGAGCGCAUGCGGCAGGUCGACGAGUGA